UCAACUAGCCAAUCAGACAUGGCUAUCAGUCCCUUCUCAGACGAACGGCUGCACGGUCCCACUGGUCCCUGCUGCCUGCGGGGCACGCGUUGAGUGCUUGCUUCUUGUUGCUGCCCAGGCGCGUCGUAACGCGUCUUCGGCAUACAAUCUUUCACCCCGCAGCCUGCAACGACAACAUCACCCGAAUUCCAAGACAACCAUCUAUCUGACCCAUCCUCGCCGAAAAUUGCACAUUAUGAGUAUGCCACCCCAGCAGUCCAAUUUUGAUCCUGAAAACCAGGCUAACGAUUCACAGGCUCGUACGGUGGCUACCAACGAACGGGCUACGGCUCCCAAGGCGGCGGCGAUGAUGGCGGCGGUUUCAUGGGUGGGUCGCAGCAAGGAAGCCAGAGCGGCAGCGGAAGGAACUUCGCAGACGACACCCUCCGCCCGAUAACCAUUAAACAGCUCAUCGACUCCAAGCCACCCUACCCGGACUCCGAUGUAACCAUCGACGGCCUGCCGGCCAAACAGGUGACACUGGUUGGGCAGGUGCGGUCGGUGGCGAACCAGUCGAUCAACACCACAUACCGCAUCGACGACGGCACGGGGCUCAUCGACGCCAGGAAGUGGGUCGACCCAGACAAGCCCGAGUCGUCCGUACAGUUCGCCCCGGACACGUACGUGCGCGUCUUCGGCCGCCUGACGACUUUCAACGGCAAGCAACACAUCGCCGCCCACUACGUCCGCGCCAUCCAGGACUUCAACGAGGUCAACUACCACCUGCUCGAGGCCACCUACGUGCACCUGAUGCUGACCAAGGGCGCAUCCGCCGGCGGGACGGACGCCGACGGCGACAGCAUGUUUGUGGAUGGUGGGUAUGGGGCCGGCGGCGGCAGCGGCGCCGCCGCGUCCGACGCGCGGCUGGCGUCGUGCUCGGCGGACGCGCGGACCGUCUUCAACUUUAUGGCGAACUCGCCCGGCCACGAUACCAACAUCAGCCAGAUCGAGGCCGGGACAAGGAUGGACUCGUCGACCGUCUCGCUUGCGGUGCAGGGUUUAUUGGACGCCGGCGUCAUCUACACCACGGACGACGACUUCACGUGGGCCAUCCUGGAUAUCUGAGCCACCAGCCGGGGGAGGGUUCGGGCUGCCGGGAGAAGGCACUGGGAGGAAAUGGGACCUGGAGGAGCGCUGCAUCGUGAGGGAUACCGUGGCGCCGGCAGUUUGGGCACGCCUUGCUAGUUAUCGGGUUUUGUUCAUGUUGAGGAUACAGGUCCACAGGGCUAAAGAUUUGUUUCUCCUCAGGACGUACGAGGGUGGUGGCCCCGGCCGAAUGAGUGACUACGGCCAAUAUGCUACGAAAAGAUGCCAUGAUCGAACUGGAUCCCACCGUAGGGUAACCCGGACGCCGUC